AUGAAAGCUAUAUAUGCCCUUAAAACCACUCUUAACUAUAUUAAAAGGGUGACAACUGACUUCUUUUGGGGGCUAGAAAAAGACAGAAAGAAAUAUCAUUGGGCCUCAUGGGAAACUCUCAGCUUUCCUUAUGAUGAAGGAGGCAUCGGAGUGAGAAACCUUGAAGAUGUAUGUAUGUCAAUGCAAUACAAAGAGUGGUGGAAAUUCAGAGCCAACAAUUCUCUAUGGGGUCAAUUCUUGAGAGCAAAAUAUUGUCAAAGAUCUAAUCCGGUGGCAAGGAAAUGGGACACAGGACAAUCUUUGGUCUGGAAGUACAUGAUGAAGAACAAGACCAGCAUGGAACCUCACAUCACUUGGAGGAUCAAUUCUGGAACCUGCCUAUUUUGGUGGGAUAACUGGUUGGGGGAUGGACAUUUAGCCCAACACUAUAAUGCUAUCACCGGUCAUAAUAAUACCACAGUUUCCCAAUUUUUGUUGAAUGGACAAUGGAAUGAGACUAUGAUCAGACAAAGAGUUCCUCCUCCACUAGUUCCCAAAAUUUUGAGCACCAAUUUGCAUUUGCAAGAGGGAGUCCCUGAUGAAGUUGUGUGGACGGCCAAUGAUAGUGGUGUUUUCUUAUGUUCCUCAGCCUGGAAUUUAUUCAGAAAGAAGAAGGGAAAAAGCAUCAUCAACACAUGA